CUUCCAUCACGGUAGGAACGCGCGCGCGCCGACGGACAGGUAAAACCGGACACACACCUGUACCUGAAACCCGGAAGUGACUGUGACUCUCUUCUGAGAAUGAAGCAGGUGUUGGUCCUCGUUGUGUUCCUCGUUGUGUUCCUGUUGUGUUUCCAUGUAGGUGACAGUGUGAAGGACCUUUCUGAACUGCCCUCUCUAGGGGUCAUCACUGUAAAGGAGGGCGAAAGUGUAGUGAUCAAGUGCAAUAUGAGUGAACUUCAUGACAACAUCCAGUGGUUUGACUCUAAGGGACGUGUCAUAAACUCAGGAGGGAAACGGGUCACAGUGGACAAAGACACGCUGAACAUCACCAGUGUUUCCUUUGAGGAUCGUGGACGGUACACGUGUGUCUCACUGAGCUUAGAGAGCAUCUCCAACUACACAGUGACGCUCAGAGUGAGCUACACAUACAGUGGAUUGGGGCUUUAUUACAUCAUCGUGUGCUUUAUUGCCUUCACCAUCACCAUCAUCCUCAACAUGACUCGUCUGUGCAUGGUCAACACACACCUGCGCAAAACUGAGCGUGCCAUCAACGAUUUCUUCCGCACCGAUGGAGCUGAGAAACUGCAAAAAGCUCUGGAAAUCGCCAAACGCAUCCCUAUCGUUACAUCUACUAAAACCCUGGAACUCGCAAAAGUCACACAGUUUAAAACUCUGGAACUGGCAAAGCAAAUGGAGGAGCUGGCGAGGAGCGUGCCUCUGCCUCCACGCAUCCUGAAUUGCACCACGGCUGUGGAUGAAGCUGAAUGUGGAGGUCAAACAUCUGUUGAGUAUCAGGACGAGGAACACAGUGAACAAGAUGCCCUGAACAGAGAGAAGAACACAAAAAAAGAGAGAGUGUGAAAUGUGUGUGCUGUGAAAUUAAUUCAGUUAUAAUCAAACUCAGUUCACUUCCUGCAGUAAGAGACAGUUUUUAAAUGAAUUCCUUCUCCUACUAUUUCUCUUUUUCUGUCUAUAAAUUCAAUUUGGGAUGUUA